GCUAUGGUUUGAGAUUACGAUUCCGUUAUUAUGGAAUAAUCCAUGGAGCUACUUGCCAAAGUAUCGAAAUAACAUCUCAAAAACGAUAUUAUCAUGUUGUGAUACGGUUCAAAAACGAACCCUUUAUAGAAGAGGAAUAAUCACCUCCACGCAAUUAACUAGUCCUCCUUUAUUUAAUUAUGUCUCUUACAUAAAUAAUCUUUCAAAAGAGAUUAUUGGCUCCCUUGUACAAGGAAUCCUUGACGAAUUUUACGAAAAAAACGGUUACGAUGUCAGCCAUGAUGAUCUAUUGCAAGAAAUUUUUUGGGAUUUAUUCAUGACCAAAUGUUUUAAGCUUAAAUCUUUAAUCCUUCCAAAUUAUUCCAUCUGUCACAUUAAGGAUUCCUCCACUUGCUUACGAACUUUGGUAAAAUUGACUUGUUCAACGUUUAUCCCUGAUAAUUAUUUCUUGGAUUUAUCCGAAAUCUGUCAUCAUCUACGAGAGAUUAAAAUUUAUUGUCAUCAAGACAGUAAAGGUUUGGCGAAAUUCAUUGAAUCUCAAGACCGGUUAAAAACGAUCGAAUUAAUUUCGACCAAGAAUAAUGAUGUAUCAUGCCCUCUCAUAGGUGAAGCAUUAUCAACAAGAUCACAAACGAUCACUUGCGUGAAAAUUCAAAAUGACCUUUGCAUUUCUCCCGAAUUCCUCAAUUCCUUAAACAAUUGUAAAGAAUUUAUCAUAGAUAUGCAAUCUGAAUCGGAUUUUGAUCUUGGACAAUUAGAGUUAAUUCAUUUCCCUCUGCUAGAAACUUUACACUCUCACAUUUAUCAACGAUCAGAAUCCCUAGCAUUGAAUUCCUUAUCAAACUUUAUUUCAUCCUCGAAUGCCACCCUAUUGAAGGGGAUCGAUAUUCAUUUCAUAUCAAACGAUCUCCUAACGGAAUCCAUAAAGAAAUAUCUAGGUACCAUUACGCGAUCUUGUUCGUUAUUAGAAUACGUCGUGAUAUGGGUUAGAAGGGAUGUUUUAUCGGAUUUAGAAUCAUUCUUGAAAAGGUGUGAUCACUUGAAAGAAAUCGAAUUCGUAGCAGUAGAAUUGAAUGGUGCAUUGGAUGCCAAGAGCAUUUUCGAUAUUUUGAUGAAAAAUAACUUGCCAACCUUAUCAAAGAUAGUCUUUAAGGAAAAAUGGAACUUUACUAAAGGGGAAUUGAAUGAAUUUUUAGAGAAUUGGAGUUAUUGGUAUCCAAAACAAUCAUAA